GAGGUAGGCUAAGGUGUUAUAGAAAGGAUUUCGUGCGAUUAUAGUUUUUUUGCUUUUGUGUAUGUCUUCUGCUGCAAAAGAGACGACAAGCGCAAACCACCCGACACCAAGUUUUUGCUGGACCUCUACGGAAGAUUGUGCAGCAACACCAUGACAGAGUCCUGUUUCUCUUCCGUCCCUCGUGAAGACCUAUCACAUUACUUCGUCAAUAUUUAAUUCAUUGCGCCGUUGACAAGACUCUACUUGUGUCAUACAGACAGUAGUGGUUACUCACUGUACAGGUAACGAAGAAAACAGGUCAUAACUACGAAUUCCAUCCCUUUUAAAGAAAUUUCGGGACCGAAAUUACCAGGUGAAAACAGACUAAACCGGGUGUAAACAUGGCGCUGAGAGCUAAGUCCCACGGCGACCUACAAACUCUUUCUUCACCCGGAUGGAAGCAAUCUAUGGACAGCAGACUAUAUAAGUCAUUUUCACUCAGCAACGGCAAUGACAAUGGAGGAGGAGGGCCGAAGUUUGGGACGGAGGCGUCAAGGGACGGAGCAGAGGAGGGGGUGAUUAAGGGCCACUCCAGACCGUUACGGAGGCCUGUGCGGGCAGUUCGACCACUCAGCGCCCUGAGCGCCAGCGGUUCCUUCCUCCAGAUCAACCACCUACAAGGGGAGCUGGUGAGGAAGAGGAAGGAAUGUGAGGAUCUAAGGAAAGAGAACAAGUACUUGUCUAAUGAGAUUCACAUGGAAAGAAUCAUGAUGAGGACAGAGAACGAGCUGACCAUGAGGAACCUGAGGAACCUCAACCAGGAGCUCCAGGCCCAGGUCAAGGAGUUGAAGCAGAAGGUGUAUUUUAGCCAACAGAGGGCGACAUUGUGCUCCCGGGCCGCAGAUGAGGCGGAUAUGUCUCGGGGUGAAGCAGAGACGAGCCGGGCCCUGGCAGAAGCACGGGCGCUGGGAAGCAAUCAGGAAAGGGAGCAGGCACAGGCUGGCAUGAACAAGCUCAGUGAGGAACUGCAGCAACUCAAAAAAGAGCACACAGAUGUUCAGCUUCUACUGGCCAAAACGGAAAAGAACUACUUUGAGACCAAGCUGAAACUGGACAGGGUGUCUGGGGAGAAACACACUCUAUUGGGGGAAAACCAGAGCUUGGAGGGUGAGAGGAAUGAGCUCAGGCACAAGCUGAGACAACUGACUGAAGAGAAUGUGAAGAUCAAAGAAAAAGAAGUAAGCACCAGGAGGCGGGCCUUGACGUCCGAGGAGCAGAGAGAAAGGGCGGAGAGAGCUCAGCUGGAGGCCGACCAGGAGCGCCGUGUGGCCGAGAGGGAGAGGCAGGAGCGCACGGCCGAGUGUCUGGGCUGGAGGGAGAAGCACCAGAACCUGACGGACAUCUUCAGAGCUCAGGAGGACCUGAAGUCUCAGCGGCAGAACAAAGCUUGUCAAGCCAAUAUAAAGAGCUAUUUUCUGUGCAUGACUGAGAGUGACCAGAGAGUGAAAAUUCUGAAAAAUCAGGAUGGCACUCCAAGGAAUUUUACAGAAGGGGACCCUGUGUACAUCUCCACACCUGAGCCUGGGGUUGAGGAUGCCGACAGGAGCCCGUCCAGGACCAUGCUCAGGGUCACUGCCCCACGUGUGGGUAAGGACCAGGGCCCUUCCCACUUCUCAGAUCUCGCUCCUAUGGCAGGGGACAUGCAUGAGGCCAGCCCCACACGGAGAGGCAGGAAGGUGGUCGAGUACUUCUGGAUACCCACCGAUGAGGAAUGAUGGAAUAUUAUGCCCCUGGUUCGUUAACACUAAAGAUACUGAAACUAAAUAAUGGAACUAACUAAACGAGUUUUUGUAACCCAGUGUCUACCGCUUUCCUUGUUGAACUUGAAAUAAAAUUGUUUACAUGUAA